UGGGAUAACUUGUAUAUUUGGUGACUGACUAAAUCCUUUUUUCCCCACUGUUCAGUAAAUUAAAACCUCUCUCCUCUGUCUGUCAGGGACUCUAGAAAGACCACAGGCUCAUUCGCUCCUAAAAAAAAGCCCCUGAAGCAGAACCAGAGUCGCAGUUGUGUUGCUCAGCAAAGACAGAAUUCAGUAUCUGUCUCUUCAGGAGAAAAACAAACUAAGGAAAGGUUACCCAAAACCCCAGGACCCUCUCCCUCCCUGAAGGUGGCAUUCAACAAAGAGAAGUUGCCUUUGUGUCCCUUUUGCUCCUCUGAUUCUCAAUAUAGCCAGAUUGAAAGUGGUGAAAAGGUUUUAGAGCCGGAUGCCGAUGGUGACCAGCCUCAAAGGAAUCCUAAAGAUUUCUCUGACAUCUUUGCUGAUCUUGAGAGAAAAAUGAUUGUGUUUAUAAAGCACGAGCUGGAAAUGUAUAAGAAACUUCUCCGAAAGGAAAACACAACUUACUACAGAAAAGUCGAGCAAAUAAGGUGGAAUUUGAAACAGACAGUCCUCGUCCUGACACUGUCUUUUCUGAACCUGAUGAAUCGUGAGGACGUCGCCUCUGCUCUGCAAAAUGAGCUGAUUGGAGUUAUACAGUGUCCACUUAAAGAAGGAAUGAAAAAGAAGUAUCAUCAUGUUUGUGAAGGAAUUGCAAAGCAGGGAGAAUCCACCAGUCUGAAUAAGAUCUACACAGAUCUGUACAUCACUGAAGGUGGAGCUGGACAUGUCAACAAGGAACAUGAAGUGAGACGUAUUGAGAAAAAUCAGAUGCAGCAGGAGGUACAGAUUGAAUGCAAGAACAUGUUUGAACUUUUACCUGGACAAGACAGGCCAAUCAGAACUGUGCUGACACAGGGAGUUGCAGGAAUUGGAAAAUCAAUCUGUGUGCAGAAAUUCAUUUUGGACUGGGCUGAAGGUGAAGAACAUCAGGACAUCCAGUUCAUAAUUCCACUUCCUUUCCGGGAACUGAAUUUAAAGAAAGGACAUCACAGUUUGAUGGACAUCAUCAGUUUUUUCCUCCCAGAGACAAAAGGCCUGAUAUUAACAGACAAGUACAAAGUCAUGUUCAUCUUUGAUGGACUGGAUGAAUGUAAACUUCCUUUGUCGUUUCACAAAAAUGAUAGUCUGAAAAAUGUCUGUGAAGCAGCUUCACUGGAUGUUGUAAUUACAAACCUCAUCAAGGGAAAUCUGUUUCCCUCAGCUCUGAUCUGGAUAACCACUAGACCAGCAGCAGCCAGUAUGAUCCCUGCAGAGUGUGUUGACCGGGUGUCAGAGGUCCGCGGCUUCAAUGAUCAGCAGAAGGAAGAGUACUUCGGAAAGAGAAUCAGUGAUCAGAACCUGGCUAACAAAAUAAUUGGCCAUAUCAGAGAAUCCAGGAGCCUCCACAUUAUGUGUCACAUCCCAGUCUUCUGUUGGAUCUCUGCCACUGUGCUUCAGAACAUUCUGGAAGAAACAAAAAAAGAGGAAACACCAAAGACACUGACAGAAAUGUACACAUGCUUUCUGAUCUUUCAGACUGUGCAGGGGAACAAGAAGUACUCUGGAAAGAAUGCCUUGGACACCUCAUGGGAUGAAGGGGCAAUUUUGGCACUGAGUAAAUUGGCUUUUCAGCAGUUGGAAGAAAACAGCCUAAUCUUUUAUGCAGAUGAUCUAAAAUCGUGCGGAAUUGAACUCAGUAAGAUAUCAAUGUACUCAGGACUGUGCACUCAGGAGACUGUCAGAUUUCUUGGUACAGUUUUCAGCUUUGUUCAUCUGAGCAUUCAGGAGUUCCUCGCUGCACUGUUUGCAUACAUUUGUGUCAGAAAUUACAACAGGAACGUUUUUGAACCACAGUCCACAUCACAGGAGAGCAAAACAACAGAGGCAUUUGACUUGCUCAAGACUGCAGUAGACAAGGCAUUAAAGAGUGACCAUGGCAACCUGGACCUCUUCCUUCGCUUCCUUCUGGGUCUCUCACUGGAGUCUAAUGAGAAGCUCCUCCGAGGUCUGUUGACUCAGACAGGAAGUAGUUCUGACUGCAGGAAGGAAAUAGUCGAGUACAUCAAGUUAAAGUUUAAGGAAAAUCCCUCUCCAGAGAGAUCCAUCAAUCUGUUCUACUGUCUGAACGAGUUAAACGAUGAUUCUCUGGUGAAAGAGAUUCAGAGUUACAUGAGUUCAGGAAGUCUCUCUGAAGCUGAACUCUCACCUGCUCAGUGGUCAGCUCUGGUCUUUGUGCUGCUGACAUCUAAAGAGAAGCUGGAUGAGUUUGAUCUGAAGAAGUUCAUCAGAUCAGAUGAGUGUCUAAACAGAUUGCUGCCCGUGGUUCAGGAAGCCACAAGUGCUCUGCUCAGUGACUGUAACCUGACAGAGAAAAGCUGUUCAGUUCUGCUCAAAGUUCUCAACUCAGAGUCCUCUACACUGACUCUACUGGAUCUGAGCUACAAUCCUAUAAAAGACUUUGGAGUAGAGCUUCUCUCUGAAGGACUGAAGAGUUCAAACUGUAAACUGGAGACACUGAAUCUUUCAUCCUGCAGUAUAACAGAGAAUGGAUAUAUUUCUCUGGCCUCAGCUCUCAAUCCCUCAUCUCCACUGAAAGAGCUGGAUCUCAGAGGGAAUGAUCCUGGAGAUACAGGAGUGAAAAUCAUGACAGACUUCUUACAGGGUACAACUUAUAAACUUAAACUGAGACUAUUAAGUGAUGCUGCAGAAGGAGCCUAUGCUACCCUUACUGAAAAACUAGGAACAAAUCCUUUACUGCUGAGAGAAAUGGAUCUGAAAGGGAAAAUACAAGGAGAUUCAGGACUGAAGCAGCUUUCUGAUCUACUGAAGGAUUCACACUGCAGAACUAAGAUACUUAGGCUAAGUAACAGCAACAUUACAGAGGAAGGCUCUUCUGCUCUUUCGUCAGCUAUUUGUUCAAAUCCCUCACACCUGACUGAGCUGGAUCUGAGUGAGAAUGAACUAGGAAACUCUGGAGUGAAGCAGAUCUGUGGCAUAUUGGAAAAUCCUGAUUGUGGACUACAGAAACUGGAUCUUUCAUUCUGCAAUAUAACAGAACAAGGAUACACUGAUCUGGAAUCUGCUGUGAAAUCAAACAGCUCAUUGAUAGAGCUGGUCCUCAGAGGAAAUGAUCCUGGAGAGACAGGAGUGAAGAUGUUGAAUGACAUACUUGAGAAUUCACAACAUAAUCUGAGCAAACUGAGGUUGUUGAAAAGCUCUGCUGUAGAGGACGUCUGUGCUUCUCUGACUGAAGCACUAGGAACAAACCCUCUACUGUUGACAGAGCUGGAUCUGAGUGGAAAAAUAACAGGAGACUCGUCAGUAAAGCAGCUCUCUGAUCUACUGCAAGAUUUACACUGCAGAACCACAAAACUUAAGCUGAGUAACAGUGAUGUUACAGAGAAUGGCUGUGCUGCUCUAUCAGCAGCUCUUUGUUCUAAUCCAUCACAUCUAAUAGAGCUUGAUCUGAGUGAGAAUGUUGUUGGAAACUCUGGAGUGAAGCAUCUUUGUGAUCUACUGAACAAUCAGUACCGCAAAUUGCAGAGGCUGAAACUUUCGUUCUGCAGUGUAACAGAAGAAGGAUAUGCAUUUCUGGCUUCAGCUCUGAAAAACCCUGCAUUACCCCUGAUAGAGCUGGAUCUCAGAGGAAAUGACCCAGGAGACACAGGAGUAAAGAAGCUCACUGAUUCAUCUUGUUACAUAAGAUCAAUAAGGCUGCUGAACAGCUCUGAUGCAGAGGAAAUCUGUACUUCUCUGACUAAAGAUCUGGGAGAAAACCCAUUACUGCUGAGAGAACUGGAUCUGAGUGGAAAAAUACAAGGAGAUUCAGGCAUGAAGAAGCUUUCUGCUCUACUGGAGGAUUUACACUGCAGAAUCAACAAACUUAAGCUGAAUAACAACAGCAUUGCAGAGAAAGGCUUUGCUGCUCUAUCAUCAGCUCUUUACUCCAAUCCUUCACACCUGAUAGAUCUGGAUCUGAGUGAGAAUAAACUAGGAAACUCUGGAGUGAAGCAGCUGUGUUCCUUCCUGAAUAAAACAGACUGUAAACUGCAGCAGUUGAAACUCUCAUUCUGCAGUAUAACAGAAGAAGGAUAUGCUGCUUUGGCUUCAGCUAUAAAAUCAAACCCCUCCUCUCUCCUAAAUGAGAUGGACCUCAGAGGAAAUGACCCUGGAGAAACAGGAGUGGAGCUGCUUACCGAAGUACAAAACGAUGCAGCCAGUAAACUCAAGAAAAUAAGGCUUUUAAAAAACUCUGCUGCAGAGGAGGCAUUUACUUUUCUGACUGAAGUUCUGGGAACAAACCCUUUACUGCUGAGAGAGUUGGAUCUCGGUGAGAAAAUACAAGGAGACUCAGCAGUGAAGCAGCUCUCUGCUCUACUAGAGGAUUCACACUGCAGACCCAAGAAACUUAAGCUGAAAAAUAGCAACAUUUCAGAGAAAGGCUGUGCUGCUCUAUCAGCAGCUCUUUGUUCAAAUCCUUCACACCUGAUAGAGCUGGAUCUGAGUGAGAAUAAACUGUUGACUGCAGGAGUGAAGCAGUUCAGUGCUGUUUUAAAGAAUUUUGAAUGUCAACUCCAGAAACUCACUCUUUCAGACUGUGGUGUAACGGGCAAAGGAUAUGUUGCUCUGGCUUCAGCUCUGAAAUCAAACCCUUCAUCACAUCUUGUAGAGUUAAAUCUCAGAGGGAACGAUCCAGGAGACACAGGGGUAAAGGAACUUCAUAAGUUGCUGGUGGAUCCACAGCAUAAACUGAGCACACUAAGGCUUCUGAAAAGCUCUGCUGUAGAGGAUUUCUGUGCUUCUCUGACUAAAGCUCUAGGAACAAACCCUUUACUGCUGACAGAGCUGGAUCUGAGUGAGAAAAUAAAAGGAGUCUCAGCAGUAAAGCAGCUCUCUGAUCUACUGAAAGAUUUACACUGCAGAACUACAAAACUCAAACUGAGUAACAGUGAUAUUACAGAGGAAGGCUGUGCUGCUCUAUCAGCAGCUCUUUGUUCUAAUCCAUCACAUCUAAUAGAGCUGGAUCUGAGUGAGAAUGUUGUAGGAAACUCUGGAGUGAAGCAUCUUUGUGAUCUACUGAACAAUCAGUACUGCAAACUGCAGAGGCUGAAACUUUCAUUCUGCAGUGUAACAGAAGAAGGAUAUGAAUUUCUGGCCUCAGCUCUGAAAAACCCUGCAUUACCUCUGAUAGAGCUGGAUCUCAGAGGAAAUGACCCAGGAGAGACAGGAGUGAAGAAGCUCACUGAUUCAUCUUGUUCCAUAAGAACAAUAAGGCUGCUGAACAGCUCUGAUGCAGAGGAAAUCUGUACAUCUCUGACUAAAGAUCUGGGAGAAAACCCAUUACUGCUGAGAGAACUGAAUCUGAGUGAAAAAAUACAAGGAGAUUCAGGCAUGAAGCAGCUUUCUGCUCUGCUGAAGGAUUUACACUGCAGAAUCAAGAAACUUAAGCUGAAUAACAACAACAUUGCAGAGGAAGGCUGUGCUGCUCUAUCAUCAGCUCUUUACUCCAAUCCUUCACACCUGAUAGAUCUGGAUCUGAGUGAGAAUAAACUAGAAAACUCUGGAGUGAAGCAGCUGUGUUCCUUCCUGAAUACAACAGACUGUAAACUGCAGCAGUUGAAACUCUCAUUCUGCAGUAUAACAGAAGAAGGAUAUGCUGCUCUGGCUUCAGCUCUGAAAUCAAACCCCUCCUCACUCCUGAUUGAGAUGGACCUCAGAGGAAAUGACCCUGGAGAAACAGGAGUGGAGCUGCUUACCGAAGUACAAAACGAUGCAGCCAGUAAACUCAAGAAAAUAAGGCUUUUAAAAAGCUCUGCUGCAGAGAAAGCAUUUGCUUCUCUGACUAAAGCUCUAGGAAAAAACCCUUUACUGCUGACAGAACUGGAUCUGAGUGAGAAAAUACGAGGAGAUUCAGCAGUGAAGCAGCUCUCUGAUCUACUAGAGGAUUCUCACUGCAGAACAAAGAAACUUAAGCUGAAAAAUAGCAACAUUUCAGAGAAAGGCUGUGCUGCUCUAUCAGCAGCUCUUUGUUCUAAUCCUUCACACCUGAUAGAUCUGGAUCUGAGUGAGAAUAAACUGCUGAGUGCAGGAGUGAAGCAGUUCAGUGCUAUGUUGAAGAAUCAUCUAUGUCAACUUCAGAAACUCAAGUGA